UUACUGCUGGGCACUGACUGGUGGCACUGCUAGGCAUUGACUGGCACAAUCGGGCACUGACUGGCAGCACUGCAUUGAUGGGGACUGGUCAGCACAGGUGGGUGGCAGUUCUGGGCACAGGUGGGUGGCACUGCUGGGCACAAGUAGAUGCACUGAUGGGUGGCACCGGUGGGUGGCACUGCUGGGCACAGGUGGGCAGAACUGGUGGGUGGCACUACUGGGCACAGGUAGGUGGCACUUGUGGGCACAGGUGGGCGGAACUUGUGUGUGGCACUGCUGGGCACCGAUCAUCAGGGCACUGAUCAGUGACACUGAUGAUCGGUGCCGUUCCCUGCUCUGACAACUGCCGGUUUUCGGCAGUACUUUCCUCACAAUCUGACAGCGUGAGGAAAGUGCAGCCGAGAACCGGCAUUUGCAU